AUGACGACCGAGGGCAAGACCUUCAUCGUCGAACACCUCGAUGAGGAGCUCGGCCCCUGGUCUGAGCUUGAGUACGCAGCAAUUGCAAAGGAGACGAACGAGGCCAAAGCCCAUUUCAUCCUGUCCAGCUUGCCAUCGGGCUUCCAGGUGCCGAAUUCACUGUCCAGUAAUCCGGCAUUCACUGCUGAGCACCGUGGUGUGGAGGAUCUCUACUCUUCUCAAAAGUCCCGGGUCUGUCUCUUGGACCCGUCUGCGUCGAAGGACCUGUCACCAGAGGACGGCGACAAGUUCGACGCCUUUCUCUUUGGCGGAAUCUUAGGUGAUGACCCCCCUCGUGAUCGCACCUCUGAGCUGCGCAAGAAAGGGUUUGAAGGUCGCAGGUUGGGCGAGAAACAGAUGACGACGGAUACGGCUGUGCGGGUGACACGCAUGGUCGUGCAAGACAAGAUUGCCCUCAACAAAAUCCCAUACGUUGACUUCCCAGAGCUGAGAUUCAGCGAGCAUGAGAGCACGGAGAUGCCGUUCCGCUACGUCACGGAUCAUGACGGCAAGCCAAUCAUGCCUGCAGGAAUGAAGGAGCUGAUACAAAAAGAUGCCGACAAGUGUGUCAAUGACCUGUUCUAG